AUGGCGCAGAGAACUGGACCUGUGAACAUCACCGAAGAGUAUAAUGAUGACGACUUGACCAUGCUCUUGGUUCCACAAGAGACAGUCGGUUUCGUUACGGGUCGAGGAGGCAAUUUUCUGCGCACUAUCGAAGAGGAGUGGGGCACCCUCAUGUUCUUCUGCGAAGUGGGCUCGGGCCGGCGGGACAAGGACUACGAGAAGCUCGCCAUCUUCGGUGACAUUCGCGGCCGGCGCGGCGCAGAGCUCAAGGUCUUGAGUGCCAUUGAGACGAAGAGUCCAGGCUACCUCGGCAAGAUUAAGCAUGAGGUCAUCGACCGUGACAAAGGCAAGGAUCCGGAAGGCACAUGGUCCACAGACACCAUGACCUUCCAGGAUGACGAGCUGUCGUAUGCCCUGGGCAAGCAGGGUGGCACCCGCAAGAAGCUUGAGCGAGCGUCAGGAUGCAUUGUGCAGUACGUUGGGCAUACUUGCCUCUUCUCUGGAACGCGCGCUGAGCGCCGCCGAGCCAAAGACUACAUGAAGUGGCUCUUCGCCCAGCUCGAGGGUCCAGUCUACGUGGACGGUUGGGAGGACCGUGACGACUGCUGUGUCGUACAUGUACCUUCGGACUGCAUCGGUUACAUUACUGGUAGCCGCCGCGCCACACUGGGCCGAAUGGAGGAAGAGUGGGGGACGCUCAUGUUCUUCAUGACAAAGGACGGAGACAAGGGCGGACGAGCCGGACAGGCGGAGAAGCUUAUCAUCUGCGGCAACGAGCGUGGCCGACGAGGUGCUGAGCUCAAAUGCAUGAACGAAAUUGAGAAGAAGGCGCCUGGGCAUUUCUCCAGGGGCCUGAGGGAAAAAUUCUCUGACAGCAGAGGGUUUGACACAGAUCGCAUGGCCAUCAAAGAAGAUGAGCUGAGCUAUGUCAUCGGAAAGGAAGCUGCCACGCAGAAGAAAAUCGAAAAGGCUGCUGGCUGCAUCCUACAGUUCGUUGGGCGCUAUGCGUUCAUGGCCGGUAUUGGAAAGGAGCGCCGCCGCUGCAAGGAGUACAUCGGCUGGCUGCUACAGCAAUUGAAAGGUGCCGUGACCAUACCAGAUGUGACAGACAGGGAGGACUGCACAGAGAUGCACAUUCCUGCGAAUUGCAAGGGCUGGGUCACCGGAAACCGGGGUUCCGAGCUUCGCCGCAUGGAGCACGAGACCUCCACUUACAUGUUUAUGGCCUUGGAUGGCCGUGGUGAUGAGCGGCUUUGCAUAUUCAGCCACGAAGCAGGAUCCAAAGUCGCCAACACGGGCCGCAUGGCAGCAGAGCGGCUUGUCAACGAGUUGGUACAGGAGAAGCUCCGCGGAGACGAGGACCGGGGCCGCUCGGAUUCUCGAGGUCGGAGCCCGCCGCGACGGCGUUCGGACUCACGUCGACGCUCUCCGUCGCGGUCUCGAAAUCGAUCGCCGCCGCGGCGGUCGCCCUCCUACAGGGGCGGAGGCGGAGGUGGAGGCGGGGCCGGAGGCGGACGCGGUCGCGGUCGUGACUCGCGUGCACGCAAUGACUCCAGGCGUCGCUGA